CAAUACUCCAUGUCAGCUUCCCGAUCCGCCAUCACCAUGUCGAAGAGAUCUCGAUCAGCCAUGUCGUCGAAGGCCACCGGAGAGGACGACGCGGACGACAGCUCGUCGCCGGAGGUCGAGGCGAGCUCGCUCAUCACCCUCAGGGUGAAGGACAGCGAAGGCGUCAGGAUCACCCGCACGAUGCGCACGACGGACGCGCUGGACGACCUGAUGGACUUCUACCUCGGCAUGGUGCCGGCCGACAUGGACGCCGCCGAGGGUGUCUUCAUGCACUACGGCCGUCGUGUGACCGGCGACCGUACGCCGGCGGACUACGACAUGGAGGACGGCGACGAGGUCAGCUUCUUCCCCGACGGAACCUGGACCACGCCCGUCACCCUCACCGUGACGGACAACAAUGGCCGCCGGGUCACGCAUACCAUGCGUAGGUUGCACAUCCUGGACAUCCUGUUCGAUCUCUACUUCGCCAUGCUGCCGUCGACCGCGCCCAGGGAGGGUGCUUUCAUCUACCAUUGCAGGGAGCUCAGCCCUAAGCAGACGCCGGAGGAAUGCAACAUGAAGGACGGCGACGAGAUCGCCUUCUCUCCGUUCAGCAAGCCGAGUGCCUUCGUCACCCUUACGAUCAGGGGCAACAACAACAAUGGCGGCGGCAGCGUCGUCGUCACCCGCACCAUGCUCAGGACCCAAGAACGACUGCAGGACUUGAUCGAUCUCUACUUCGCCAUGGUGCCCACUGACGAUGAGCGCGGCGAAUUCGACGUCACGUACUGUGGCAGGAAGGUCGACAUCGAGAAGACGCCGGCGGAUUACGGGAUGGAGGACGGCGACCAGCUCCGCCUUGCUCCGGCGACCGAACGGAGCAGGUUCGUGACGAUCAAUCUGGUGACCAUGGUGGGAGUCAAGCGCGCAUACACCCUGCGAAGGACAGACGAGCUGCAGGGUCUGAUGGAUUUAUGCUUAAGCAGGGAGCCUGCAAGCAUGUACCAAAAUGGUUGUAUUUUCCUUUACAACGGCCUGUGUUCAAGGCUCGGAAACUCCGGAUGAUCUCGAGCUGAAGGAUGGUGAUACGAUCGACGUUUUAGCUCAUCUGGUCGGAUAAUCUCAAGCGGGAGGGUUGGGGAUACCAUCCACGUUUUAGCUAAUCUGGUCGGAUAAUCUCAAGCUGGAGGGUUCGUCGUUUGGUUCUAUGGGACAUGCUGUCACUUUUUUAUGGGCUGGGGGCCUGGGGCUAGUUACUUUUAUUGCCGAGUGUAAUACAAUUAUUUCCUGGAUUAGGUAAGGGUCGGUGGUUAUCUGGUUUGCAAUGUUCUAUUGCUGUUUCGGUUUUGCACCAUUUAUAUA